ACCCACGUUUUUCAAUUCAAAGAGCUAGAUUUGGUACGCCUGGAGAUCGAAAAAUGGCGCACAGGUUAUCGAAGACGGAGAAAGCCCUAACCUGGCCCGAAAUCAAACUCAAAACAAAUCUUGCGGCCAAAAAACUUAAAGGCUCUCAUCUUUUCACGGUCUCAGAUUUUUUAAGUCCUGCUGAAUGUGAGGCAUUUAUCAAGAGUGCAGAAUCCCGUGGUUUUGGACAUCAGGGCAGUCUGGGGCCAAAACAUGGAGAAGCUUUCAGAGACAAUGAUCGCAUUUCUGUGCAUGAUACCAUUCUUGCAGAAAAGAUUUGGAAAGCUGGUCUAUGCAACUUCUUUUUGGACAUUAAAGUGCAAGGAAAAUCUGCAGUGGGGCUGAACCCUAAUAUCAGAUUCUAUAAGUAUAAAGUUGGUCAACGCUUUGGUCAGCAUAUUGAUGAGAGUGUUGAUCUUGGAGGAGGCAAUAAAACAGAGUAUACAUUAUUGAUUUAUUUGAGUGGUGGUGUAAGAUGUAAAGGAAAUAAAAUCCAAGGCAGCAAACAUAAUUCUUCUGAACAGCAUCUGGUUGGUGGGGAAACGGUGUUCUAUGCUCCUCGCAAGGGUAUUGUAGCAGAGGUGGUUCCAAUUGCGGGAAUGGCACUUUUUCACAUCCACGGAGACGAAUGCAUGUUGCAUGAGGCUCGGGUAGUCUCAAAUGGUGUGAAGUAUGUUUUGCGCUCAGAUGUGAUCUUUGCAUGAGAUGACAUGGUAAAUUUUUAUAUUGGACAAAAUGAGGCAAGAAAUAUUUUACAUUUAUUUGAGUAAAAUAUUGGAUAUAUCUGUCAAAAUCAUUUGCAUUCUUCAGGGAGAUGAAGAAGGUGAUGCGAGGUAAGGUAGGGGGCUUCAAAGAGGGAACUAGAAGAUAUAAGAUUUGCUCAGAGAAAAUUAUCUUGUUGCUUUGCUUCUAGAGAGAACACCAAAGCCAGCAACCCCUUUGUCUUCUACUGACUGAGUCCCCUUCUUAAAUAGAUCUUGGAGUAGCCACUACCUGAAACCCUGAUUUUUCUUGCACCCUCUUAUACCAUAUGAGUGAUGCAGCACACCCUUCUCUUAUAAAAAAGAUCUAACCAACCAAGUACACCCUUUCAUCGCACAAUCUCACGAAGUGAGGGUGGGUACAUCCUUCUCUUCCGACCAAACCUGAUUGGAUAAUCUAAAAUUUAAAUACAUUGUCAAAGCUUUAUAGAAGAAAAAUCUGUUUUGUUUAUACACACAUCAAAAUGUUUUGAUAUAAGUGAUUACACUUUUAAAAAAAAAAAAGUCUUUUAAGUGAUAUAAA